UCUCAACCUACUCGCACCAACACUAUUUUUAAUUUUCUGGAUCAGAUUUGUUUGUAAUAUAGAUUUUUUAUUUUAUUUAAUAAUGGAAGUUGCAAGUUUGUCACAAAAUAUAGAAGAAUAUUUCGAUAAAAGAAAUUGCUUGGCCAGUGAUCUGAACUACUACGAAAUUCUAGAACUGGAUUCGAGAUGCACGAAGGAAGAUAUACGCCGAUCAUACUAUCACUUUGCACGAAUUUUCCACCCAGACAAGUGUAACAAAGAUGAGUAUUUGUUUGUACUAAACGAGCUCAAAGCAGCAUACGACAUUCUAUCGGACGAAUAUAAAAGAAUUAUAUACGACAUUAAACAUGUAGCAAAUAAAAAGGAGGAACCGAGUUACGAAAUAAAGAAGGAAACACUAGAAAAUGUUUAUGAUUUAGUUCGCCAGAAAUAUUUAACUUUUUUGCAAGAAAAAGCUUCUAUGUACUUGAAUAUUUUAUACUAUCAAUACAAAAAUCAAGGUUUAAUUAUAAAAAAGGCAAUAUUUGGAAACUUGAAUUUGGCAAAACCAGAUACCUUAAACCCUCUGGAAACAAUAGAAUUGAAACACCUGAAAGGGCCGUUUAUAGAUGUGACUGUUCAACUUCAGCUUCUGGUACAAAACGGAGUUCUCCACCUGAAUAACAGCACAUCAUACGCAUUUUUGCCAGGAUUCUAUAACCCAAUCCACUUUGAUAAAAACGGCGCUACCGAUUCUCAACUAUACAUAUUAUAUAUAUUUAAAAAUAAAGUGCACGAAGUCACAAUAAACGACAAAAGUAACCUUUGCCUGCCAAUGAAAUCGCAUUUAGUAUAUGGAAAUUAUAUAAAAGGUCCAUUCUCACCGAGUAAUUUAUCCUUGGUUAAUAUAUGAAAAUAAAUAUAUCUGUUAUUUACACAUGGGGAUGAGAUUUGUUCAUAAUGUUUAUAUUUCCUAAUAUGGCGUCAAAAU